AUAUUGUCUAGGGAAAGGAAGAGAUAGCAUAAGGCCUGGCAGAGAUGACACUUGGACUGAGUUUUGAGCAUAUGGAUGGUCAUUUGCCGACUGAUGGGAGUGCCCAGCCCCCAAGUUGGAGGCACUGGUGGUCUAGCCAUGCUGGUCAGUCACAAAGUUAUUGUCUUGCAUAAAAAUGGGAGGUCUCUACAUGUCAAGCCUUCUAUCAGUCACACCUUUAUUCGAUGAUACGUGCUUAUUCCUCCUGUAUGAUUUUCAUGUCUGUAAGCAGCUUUUCUUGUUGGUAGAGUAUGUCAUAUGCUUCCUGAGUAAUAUUCAGCUGUCACUCAACUUUCACCGCAACAGCCUCUUUAUGCCUCCUGCGAAGGUGGUGGUUUCAAAGAUUCAGUGACUGUCAGAUUCAGAAGAGAAGAGUUAUUGCAUUUGAAACGGUUCAAGAAAUAAAUAUACCUGUUCCUUUGCAAUGGUGGGGAGUAUAGCAUGAGUCGUGGGCUUGCUAAAGAGCAUCUCUACUCUGUCCUUUCUUUUACAGACACUGGUUCUGUGAACAGUCAGUGCUGUGUGCUGUAUGUCCUCAUGGAUAGCACUGUGUUAAGGGGCCCUACCUGUGGGCGUCGAUGCUCUCAGGAGAAGGAAAUGUCCUGGCAGCUGUGAGAGAAUGGACCACUCCCUGCUUUAUUCUUCUUUUGCACUUGGUUUACAUUUCUCUUCUGGCACGUGAUCUUUUUGGCCCUGCUCGUGGCUUAUCAGUGGCCAGAUGAGUUUCUUUAAAUAGGGACUGAGUCACAUUCAUCUCUGUGAUAACCUCACUUGUCCUCCAGUGGUGAUCACAUCAUCCCAGUCGUGAUCCCUUUUGGACAAACUUGUGUGAGUGUUAUAUAUUGUUUUAAAAUGCUUGCAUAAUAGUUCUACUGGCAAUUUGUUUCCCCAGUGGAAUUCAACCUCUCUGCAACGCGCCGGCCAGAGUCCCACGCUGUUCUCCUGCCCUUGGUGUCAGCCAGAGGGUGGCCAGAGCAGAAUCACAGCCCAUUGCCCAUAGGAGCUGCCACCCUCGGGGACAUGGGGUCCUGAAGAUGGCAUAGUCACAAAAGCGCCUUCCGAUGAUUGUGAACAUCUUUACUCCCCCGUGGGUGCCAGCCCAGGCCAGUGGCUUCGUGUGGAGCUGAAGGAACUUGUCAACUGCUCUCCCCGAAAACCUCUUUCUCUCCUAAUUCAUGAGCCAGCAGGAUGCGGUCGCUGCGCUUUCUGAACGCCUUCUCAUAGCUGCGUACAAAGGCCAAACAGAGAAUGUGGUUCAGCUCAUCAACAAGGGCGCCAAGGUAGCGGUUACCAAGCAUGGCCGGACCCCCCUGCAUCUCGCUGCCAAUAAGGGCCAUCUUUCUGUGGUCCAGAUCUUGCUGAAGGCUGGCUGUGACCUCGAUGUCCAAGAUGAUGGGGACCAGACUGCCUUGCACCGAGCCACGGUGGUGGGGAACACGGAGAUCAUCGCGGCGCUCGUCCAGGAGGGCUGUGCCCUGGACAGACAGGACAAGGACGGGAACACGGCCCUGCAUGAAGCGUCCUGGCACGGCUUCAGCCAGUCAGUCAAGCUGCUUGUCAAAGCAGGAGCCAACGUGCUUGCCAGGAACAAGGCAGGGAACACAGCUCUGCACCUGGCGUGCCAGAACAGCCACUCCCAGAGCACUCGCGUCCUCCUGCUGGGCGGGUCCCGUGCCGACCUCAAAAAUAAUGCAGGCGACACCUGUUUGCACGUGGCUGCGCGCUAUAAUCACUUGUCCAUCAUUAGGCUGCUCCUCAGUGCUUUCUGUUCUGUCCAUGAAAAGAACCAGGCUGGAGACACAGCACUUCAUAUUGCUGCUGCCCUAAAUCACAAGAAGGUGGUUAAAAUCUUACUGGAAGCUGGAGCAGAUGGGACCAUUGUUAAUAAUGCAGGCCAGACUCCGCUGGAGACUGCCCGCUACCACAAUAACCCAGAAGUUGCUCUUCUCCUCACUAAAGCUCCGCAGGUCUUGCGCUUCAGUCGUGGGCGAAGCCUGAGGAAAAAGAGAGAGAGGCUCAAGGAAGAGAGGAGAGCCCAGUCUGUGCCGAGAGAUGAGGUGGCACAGAGCAAGGGCAGUGUCUCGGCAGGAGACACCCCCAGCAGCGAGCAGGCUGUGCUCAGAAAAGAGGAGACCAGAGAAGAUUAUCUGUCAGCGUCCCCAGAGCCCAAAGCAAAGGAUGACAGGAGGAGAAAGUCAAGGCCCAAGGUGUCAGCAUUUUCUGACCCCACCCCACCAGCAGACCAACAGCCCGGACACCAGAAGAACUUGCACGCUCAUAAUCACCCGAAAAAGAGGCCCAGGCAUCGGUGUUCAUCCCCGCCCCCACCCCACGAGUUCAGAGCGUACCAGCUCUACACGCUGUACCGGGGCAAGGACGGGAAGGUGAUGCAGGCCCCAAUCAAUGGUUGCAGAUGUGAACCUCUGAUCAACAAGCUGGAGAACCAGCUGGAGGCCACUGUGGAGGAGAUCAAAGCAGAGCUGGGGUCGGUUCAGGAUAAAAUGAACACAAAGCUGGGGCACAUGGAGAAUAAGACCCAGCACCAAAUGCGAGUCUUGGACAAGCUGAUGGUCGAGCGACUCUCUGCAGAGAGGACGGAGUGCCUGAACCGCCUGCAGCAGCACUCAGACCUGGAGAAGCACGAGGGAGAGAAACGACAGACAUCCUUGGUGGAUGAAUUAAAAACCUGGUGCAUGUUAAAGAUUCAGAAUCUGGAGCUGAAGCUUUCUGGAGAUUCUAGAGCCUCCAGGGCUAAAUCCACACCAUCUACUUGCGAGUCAUCCACAGGUGUGGAUCAGUCAGUGGCGACUGCAGGUCCAGUGGCGGCUUCUGACGGCUCUCAGGUGGUCAGGCCCAAGGAAAAGGCUGCCAACGCCACUGCUCCCCACAGACUCCAGCAGGAGCUGUCGUCCUCUGACUGCACUGGCUCCCGUCUGAGGAACGUCAAGGUCCAGACAGCCUCGCUGCCCUUGAACGAGGCAGCCAAGUGUGAUCAGGCUGGGCCCUGUGUCAACAGAGGCACCCAAACUAAGAAGUCUGGGAAAAGUGGGCAGACAAGGCAUCGAGCCCAGCAGCCGGCAGCCAGCAGCGCCUGUGGGCAGCCGCCACCAGCAGCAGGCAGUGAGCAGACUGCCCCUCACACUCGGGACACCUCCCAAGCUCUGGAGCUUACCCAGUAUUUUUUCGAGGCUGUUUCCACCCAGAUGGAAAAGUGGUACGAAAGGAAGAUUGAGGAAGCACGAAGCCAAGCCAGUCAGAAAGCCCAGCAAGACAAGGCUACACUGAAGGAACACAUUAAAAGUUUAGAAGAGGAACUUGCUAAACUAAGGACGAGGGUACAGAAGGAAAAUUAGCACCUGGAAAGUGGAAGAAAGGAUCCUUGAGGAUUUCUGAUUUUGCAACUGUAGAAUAGUAUGUCCACGGAGUUGAUUAUUGUGUACAAAGCAGACUUGCCUAUAAAAAAAAAAUCACUGAUUUCUAAAAUGUGCCAGAUACAUGCUUCCUAUGCCCUGAAGUUAUGAAGACUUCAACAAUUAACUAGAACUAGGGGAAGCUUGCUUAGUUUCAGGUUUCAUUACAAACUCUAAACUUCAGUCCAGGUUCAUCUGAAGUUCAAAAGCUCAGAUUAAGCAAACCGCUCUAAGAAAUUGAAUGAUGUGUAAGCCGAAACCCCAAAAUUCAGGAUGUAUGAAAUAAUAUAAGUCAAAAGUCAGCAAAAAUCAGCCCUUUGUGAACUCCAGUAGUCAUUCAAAUAAAUGUGAACUCACCUGCUGUGCCUAGACAAGUGUCUUUCUGUAAGAGAGCUGUUAACUCUGAGAUGUGCUAAACCCUUUCUCAAAUUCGUAAUUCUUAAAAUGCUGACAUUUUAACCAGGUGAAAACUUAACAGAUUUUGAGGAGAAAGAUUUUCAUGAUGUCACAAAAUACAUUAUAUCUUACAAUUUUUUGAAAAGUCACCUUAUUUAAAUAAUGAAUAACUUGCUAACAGCACUGGAAAUGUUGACAAUGAGCUCCAGUGAGCAAGGUUCAAAUCAUUUGAUCAUCAUUUUUAUCUUUUUAGCCAAAAAUCAGUUAUUUUAAAGCAGAUUAAUUGAAAACAUUCAUGUAACAACUACCUGAAAUAACCUAUUCCUAAUCAAACUCAAUUAUCUUAGAAUACCUUUCUGAAUUUGAGAUUAUUCUCAAUUUUAUAAAGAAAUAAGGCUAUUUCUUUUUUUUGCAUAAUAGUGGAAAAAUAAAUUUAUUGAAAGUAUUAAAUUUUAUGAGUUCUAGCCUUGAAGAACCUCCAAAGCUUUCCACUGCUCUGCAGUGAGCGACUCUGUUAAGAUAAAUUAUUCAAUAACUUGACUUAGGCCCCACUGUUCCCCAGCUUUGUGAAGCCUGGAAGACUUUACUUUGCUCCAUAAUGAAAUGUAAACACAGAAACAAAGUUGUAAAAGUAGCCUGGAUAUGUUGGAACUUUAGACAAACGUCUUGUCCCUUGGAGUGUGGGAUUAUAUUCAGCUCCUCAAAAGCCCAUGUAUGCAUAGAAACUUCUAUUUCUAUAAAGACUGGAACCUACUAACUAUUGUCCAAAAUUACAAAUGAAAUGCUGCCCAUUGAGCCAAAGAGAAAAUGAUGACUUCUUAACAUGGGAACACCAAGAAAAAGUAUGUUUUAGUCCCUUUGUCAAGCUCAGUUUUAGGUUUUUUUAGGGUGACAAUCCAUGGAUCCAGACAUUCCAAAAAAAAGUAUUAUUUCAGUAGAUGUAUGUCAUUGUUACAGAAACUGAAUAUGGAAUAAAUUUGAUGUUAUCUCAAGUUGA